ACCACAUGAAUAUGUGUGUAAAUGUAGUGGCACUUGAAUAGAUUAUUUCUAGACAUUUUUUCAAAAGUAAAUUUAACUGUAAGACUUUUGUCCAGCUCCUUCAGCCACCACCCCACAGCUCUGCCCACAUCACAAGCUUGGAGGCAGCCUGUUGGAGGCUCUCUUGGAAUUAUUCUCUCCAGCUGUAUUGAAAAGCAUCCACAGUAUCCACUAAUUUUCCCCAAUAUCUUUGUCUAUUUCUGUAGCCAUUCUGAAGAUUUUUACAAGGUAUUAUGGAAGAAGGAAGCAACAUCGCAGUAUUGAUGCCAAAUAUUGGGGAGCAGGAGGCUGUGCUGAUUUCUGAAACAGUCAUUGGCCCAACACUGCAGAGCAGCGAAGACCAGAGAAAAUGUAAAACUGACCCCUUGAUCCACGUUAUCCAGAAGCUGAGCAAAAUAGUUGAAAGUGACAAGUCACAAAGAUGCCUUUUAAUAGGGAAGAAACGUUCCCAUGCCGAUGCUUCUGCGCAGUCCUUGGACGCAGAGGAGCUUAGUGAAAUCCCGGCUAAAGCAAUCGAGCUCUCGGUGAUUGCUACCCAAAAGACUGAAGAGUUAAAAGCAGAUUAUUUUGUGACUGAAUGUCUUCCACAAAGCAAAAAAAAGGUGACGUGCUACCAAUGUGGUCUCUGUAAGUUUCUAUCGCCUUCGCUCUUAACUCUGCAAGAACAUGUAAAACAACAUGGGCAGAAAAAUGAAGUGAUAUUAAUGUGCUCAGAAUGUCAUUUUGCCUCCAAAAGCCAAGAAGAACUUGAAUCCCACUUCCAAAAUCACCACGAGAAUGGUGGUAAAAACAGCAUCCCGACAAAAGUGCAGCAGUGUGUCAAUGUCACCAGUUCAUUUCUGCAAGGGCCAGUGGAAGGAAGUGUCAAAUCAGGGACUGAUCAGACAGGAAAUCUGGAAUGUAAGGAUACAACUCAGUCUGCUCCUGUGCCUGAGAUGGGUAGGAGGAAAUGGUACACCUACGAGCAGUAUGGUAUGUACAGGUGUUUAAUUUGCAGGUACACCUGCGGUCAGCAGAGGAUGUUGAAAACGCACGCUUGGAAACACGCGGGGGAGGUUGAUUGCUCCUACCCCAUCUUUGAGGAGGAAAAUGAAACCACCAGCUUGUCCGAGACACUUGUAACUCACACGCCUCAUAGUGUGGAUACAGUUGUCCUUUCUUUGGAAAACAAUGAACUUGAUAUCCAUAGUGAGCCUUCUCUUCAGCUUCAGAUUUGCAAUUCUGAGCAACUGUCGUGUAAAUCGCCCGUAGGAGCAAAUGUAAAAGAGGAAGAGAUACUAAGUGAGUCCGUGGUGCACUCUCCUACUACAGAGGUUGUAGAGGAGACUGUAUCAGAUACAGAACCAGACAAUUUGAUAACUGACAGCCUGCUAUCCUCAGCACAAAAAAUCAUCAGCUGUAGUCCAAAUAGAAAGGGUCACGUUAAUGUCAUAGUAGAGCGUUUGCCAGGUGCUGAAGAAAGUGUUUUGCAAAAGCCAUUCUCAAUGAACACUGACAUUGAAGCAGAAAAAAAACUGAUCUCAGAGGAGUCCUCCAUUACCUGUGAAGAACCUGAUGAAGUUUAUCAUUCAGAUGCAAUUCAAGAAGUAAUAAUAGAAUGGAAUAACACCGAGAAGAAAGAUAACGAAUUAAGCACUAAUAAAAAUGUAACACCUGAUGAAAAUGUGCCUCCUGCACGAAGGAGGACAAAUUCAGAGUCUUUGCGACUGCACUCCUUAGCAGCAGAAGCUCUUGUUACGAUGCCAAUUAGAGCUGCCGAACUGACACGGUCCAGCCUCAGGGCUCUGACAGGAGAAGAUGCUGUGGAUGCAGGUGCAGGACAAGGAGGAGCUAAUGGCCCGUGCACGGCUCAUUCUAAAGCGGUGUCAUCACUCAAGGAUCCUUCAGAGGAGUUCAGUGGCUUAAACCAAAGCGAAUGUGCAAUAGUUGAGAUAAAGAAAGAUAGACCAGAGUUAUCAGAAGCACCAAUUAAAAUGGGCAUCAGUAUGUCACUGCUCACUGUCAUUGAAAAACUGAAGGAGAGGACAGACCAGAACGCUUCUGACGACGACAUCCUGAAAGAACUGCAGGACAACGCCCAGUGCCAAAACGCCGGCGACGCAGCCGUGGCUGGGAGUAACCUGGUGGAGUUCAUCCCCAGCGCCGAGCGGCCGUACCGCUGCCGCCUGUGCCACUACAGCAGCGGCAACAAGGGCUACAUCAAGCAGCACCUGCGGGUGCACCGCCAGCGCCAGCCCUACCAAUGCCCCAUCUGCGAGCACAUCGCCGGCGACAGCAAGGGCCUGGAGAGCCACAUGAUCAACCACUGCAAAGCUCGCAUGUACCAGUGCAAGCAGUGCGAGGAGUCCUUCCACUACAAGAGCCAGCUGCGAAAUCAUGAAAGAGAACAACACAGUCUUCCAGAUCUCUUCUCUACAGCUACAGCUAACAAACUAAUAGUUUCCAAUGAAGCAGAUGAUAGAGAAGGAGGCAAGUCUUCAGCGCAGAAGCUGUUCAGGUGCGACGUGUGUGACUACACGAGCACGACCUACGUGGGUGUCCGCAAUCACCGCCGCAUCCACAACUCGGAUAAGCCAUACAGAUGUCGCGUGUGUGACUUCGCCACCACAAAUAUGAAUAGCUUGAAGUGCCACAUGAGGCGGCACCCCCAGGAGCGUCAGGCAGUGCAGCUCUUGGAACAGUACAAGUGUUCUCUCUGUGGAUAUGUGUGUAGCCAUCCUCCAUCCCUGAAGUCCCACAUGUGGAAACAUGCAAGUGACCAAAAUUACAACUAUGAACAAGUGAACAAGGCUAUUAAUGAUGCAAUUUCACAAAGCAGUAGGUUUCAAGGACAGCUCACUGACAAAACCUUAUUAGAAGGCACAGAUGAAAGUACAGUACCUAUACUAGGAAGUUCAGACAACUUGGUGUCUUUUACAGAGUCAGUUAACCAGACUACAAAUGAAACUUCAGGUUCUGAUGAAAAUGAAAAACCUACCUUGAUGAAUACCUCAUGCAGUUUAGAAAAGAACUCCACUCUACCCCAUCUUGGCACAGAAUACUGUGUUCUUCUCUUCUGCUGCUGCAUUUGUGGUUUUGAGUCUACCAACAAAGAAAAUCUGCUGGAUCAUAUGAAAGAACAUGAGGGUGAAAUCAUAAACAUCAUUCUAAACAAGGACCACAGCACAGCUCAGAAUACAAACUAGGUGAAGCAGUAAGUUAAGAGGGGAUUUCCUAGAGUGAUUGUUUUCUUUCUUUGCUAAUUUUUGCCUGAUAAACUUGUUAAAGAGAAGAAUUGCAAGCAAAACUUGAUUUCCCAUCCUGAGUUCUUGUUUCAGUAGGAGUACAGUGUUUUAACCAGGGAUCGAUGAAUCAGUUAAGAGAUAAAUAUAAGGUGUGGAGAAUAGAACCAUCCAUUUUAACCUGUUACUUCUUUAUAUGGUGCCAAGAUUGUAGGAUUGUUGUGGUUUUUUUUCCUCUUCCUGUCAGGUACUAGUCAGUAAUAAUGCAUUAGCACAGUACUUAAAAACCCAAAGGUGUGAAAGCUUUGAAUCACUUGAAAAGCUUUUUCCUUCCUCCCUCUUUGUUGUUUUCCAAGAAUUCAGCAAAGAAGGUUUUUAUCCUCUUUUUUGAAAGCUGAUCUGGCAGCAGAUCUGAUAAAACUGUUACAAGAUGAUCUGGUGAACCCCCCUGCCUGGCUUCUGGAAGGUGGGGACAGGGGAGGUGGGCCAGGGCAUGGGUGUUGUAUGCACACACAGGAGUUCCAUUUUUCCCUGUCUAUUUUUAAAGCUUUACAAACUCCCAAGUCAUUUUCCAGCAAAAACUGCCAUCCUUUCCAUUGAUUUAGAGGAGCAGGAGGUGAAGGGCCUAGAAGCAUUUGUUAAUAACUAUUUGUUUGAUUGGAUCCUAGCUACAAAACUCCUGUCUUUUCAACUCAUAGUGUGUAACAGAUUAUUUUUUAUAACUAUAACCUGUUGUUUCUUCGUGGCUUUCUUGACACAUUCAGACAAAUUAUUUAAGAAAAGAAAAUCCUAAAAUGUCACUUUCUAUUUGUGAUGAUUACUUUGCAGUAUGGAUGAACAAUGUUUUUAAUGAGAAAGAUAUUAACAAUAAUUGCCACAAAGUGGUGUAGGUUAAAUCUGUGUAGAUUCCAAAAGAUGUAGGUGAGCACAAAUUGGAAUUUUCAGAAACGCCUACAUGCUUUGGCAAUCUUUGAAAUGUCACUGGCUGGCCAAAUUUCCCACUUGUCUGUCAGAGCUGUUACUUUAGAAAUAAUAAGCUGAAAGAUAAUCUUCCUGUAGAAAAUCAUAUUAAAAAAAGAAAUGACAAACAAUAUCUUAAGCCAAAACUGUAUCCAGUCACUUACUGAAUAAGUUUUAUUAGUACCUAUAGUAUGGAUUGAUAAAGGGAAUUAGAGAUUAUUUUGUUGUCUAAGAAACACACAGAACUAUCACCCUUUUAAAACCUUCAGUUUCAAAAAUUACACCGUGGGGGUUUUUUUGUUUGUUGUUUUUACAACAAACAGCAGUUGGCAGUGGAAGAUACUAAUCUGUAUAUCAAUAGGAAAUAUUAUUAAUACUGGCUUGUUACCUGGCAGCUUUGCUGAAGUUAUUGAUUAAGUUGGCUGCUUAACUUUUUGAAAGAUUCAUUAAGUGUAGUAUCACUUCCAAAGAAGCCCUUUGGCAGCCAGAUUUAAAUUUCCUUGUUCAGGUAUGUAUUUAUUUCUGCUUUUAAUGAAUGGCAGAUGCACAGCAGAUUGCCUAGUGCUGACACAGGCAUGCAGUGACCUGAUUUUUAGUAGCUCAAUGCUUAAAAAGUUCCUCACUUUUAGGAAAACAGUGGUUUCUGGUUCCUUUAUUCACACCCUUCUGGCAGCAGAAAUCAGCUGCAGCUGUAAAAGUGAGAGGCUGGCACAUGGAGUGUCUGUAUUGUGCUAGCACUGUCUGGAAGUGGCAACCAGGAAAAGAAAACAGUAACAGAAGUCACAGCUUCAUGAAGCAGCAUGAAGUGUAGAGGCCAGGGUAAAAGCACUAAGACUUCAAAUAUAUUUGAUAUUUGUCUUCAAGAGAUUUUUCUCAAUUUGACUUCUUUUGGGUUAAAUAGGUAUUAUUUUAUUUUUAAAUUAGAUAGCAGAAAGUACACAUUCAACUUGAAGAAUUGGUCAGGAUAUAAGGCCAAAGUGGUUUUGUGCUGAAUUUUUGAGAUACCUUAAAUAUGGAUGUGAAGUUAAUUAUACAUUAUUUUCAUUUAAUAGUUAUUUUUCGUAUUCCUACAGAUGGGUUUUACAUUUGAAAAACACAUUAUUUACAUGAUCCCAAAUUCCAGUGGCGAUAAGGAACUUUUAAUGGGAUAUUAAUAUUGUUGUACUGACACUGCUAUUUUACCUUCAGUAUAGAAUUAAUGUGAAAAUACUACAUCAUCUGGAAUGUAUCUCAACUUUCCCACUCAGAAAUCCCAUUUGUUGGAAAAAUUAAAAGGACAGUGAGAUCCCUAGUAAUGCUAAAGUACCAGUCAGUAUUCACAGAAACAAUACUUGCCACACUGUUAUUUUUGUGUAAUUAUGUUAAAGUUGCUCAGCUAGCGAAAGAUAGAAAAAAGAAAAACUUGCAUUCAUAAGCUACAAAGGGGAUGGCAGCAAACCAAAAUUUCAGAAGCCAAUAACCUUGAAUCAAAAUGAACAGCCCUGGUGUGUGUGGAGGCCACACUUGCAGCAUUCUGUGCAGUUCACCAGGAAUCGGUGUCACAGCAUUCCUAAGCAGGAUGUGUCUGUUCACAAUUGUUCUCUGCCAUCUCGUUACUUUGUUCUUUUUGACCAUGUGUUCCUGUAAAACAAGGAAAGCUACUUGCCUCUAAAAACCAUUACCAGUCCUGACAAAUGCCAACCAAGAAUUCUUUCCCAUAUGCAGAGAUUUACUUUUUUUAGCUGUCUCCAUGCUGCUUGCAAUUAGUUACCACUCACAAUUCCCAGGGACUUGUCAGAAGUCCUGCAUGUGAAAUAAUUAUAGACUUAAUUUCUUCUGAAAGCAAAUUGUUUCUCAGGUUAUCUGCUUUCAAAAGUGUAUGGCUGGCUUGGCUGCAUGUUUUGUAAGGGGUUUUAAGCACAUUUCAAAGUCACUAACACUGCAAAUUUCCCCCUUUUUAAGCUUUUAAACUAUUUUUGUCUCUUCGGUCACACCACUACCAGGUGAUCAGCUAUUCACGUGCUGUUUGUUUAAAUUAGAUUUUAUUCUGUGAUACAAACUGAAACUUGCAGCUUUGUUUGCAAUGCUUGUACUUCCACUAAAGAGCGAACUUCAUUCAUACUUGGCUGUACUGAAAAAUGGGUGCAUAUUUCAUCUUCCUGAUUUAUGCUUGACCUGGAAAAAUAGAGUGGGAUUCAGUUGGAGUUAUUGUAUUUUCCUCUUUCAUAAGCACUUAUUUAAUCAUUUGAAGAAAUGUACAGUUGGUGCUCAAAGUAACAUUUGUUAAGAUAUAUUUAAUAGAAAUUUACAUUUGCAUUUGAUAUUCAUGGACAUGAGUACAUGUAUUUUUUUAAGAAAAGGUAUUGUAACACUAUGGCACUGCUUUUAUAGCCAAAGUAUAAAAAAAAAAAUUAGAAAACUGACAUGUAAAGACUGCAGUUAAUUCUGAUACUGUAUCUUAUUAAAUAGGAUGAGUUUUGUUUUAUAAAGUUAUCCAGCACAUUAAGCUGCAUGCCUUAAGCUCUCUCUAGGAUUGUGUUCCUGACAGGCGACUCUUUGGAAGGAUGAAGCAAAGUCUGUAGUACUACUUUAACUACCUUCUGGAAUACUGUACAAUGGUAGAAUAAUUUAUUUUGCUUUA